AUGAAAACAAAAUACUUUUUAUUCAACAAGGAAUUGAAGGUGAGACUUAAAAAGCUACAGGAAACUGUUGAGAGGAAGGCAUAUGAUGAAUUGGUGAAGGACAUCACGCCUAAAAAGGGUGUGGAGAAACCUUUUUCUUCGUACAAGGAUCAGUUGGGCUUUGGACUUCAUGUUGCGGUAACAAUCUUUACCGCUUACUUGGUUGGAUACGACGCAUUCAGAGCCUUGUUUAACCACAGUCAAGCUAUGAAUGCUGCUGGGGGCAUCCUUGGUUUGGUUGGCGCCAUGCUGGUCGAGACACUUCUGUUCAUUCUCAGAUCUUCUUCUAGCCUAGAUCGUCGAUCUCCUUCUUCCCCAUCAGCUACUAAGUUGAAGAUAAAGAAGAAUCCAUAG